ACAGAAAAUGGAGCCGAUUUUUGCGAGUGCCUUGUCCACAUUGGCGAAUGUUCUCAAGGAGUCCCUCCAACUUCAGGGCGCUCGAGGGCUUGACCUGGAACGAGCUACCAGCGGGGACACUUCCGACGAGGAGUUACCGGAGGAGCUGCGGCUCAAUGUCUGCUUGGUAACCGAAGUCUUCGUGCAGAUCCUUGCCACGGGGGUCGGCACCCUCGCCUUCAUCUGGGCCACCGUCGUCUUGCUCGGAGGCUUCUCCACUUAUCUACAUAAGGCUGAUUUCUGGGUAAUCACGGGUAUCGUCUUCGUCCAGGCUGCCAAGGUCGUUGGCGUAAACUCAAACACUGAAGCAAAAUUUUUUGCCCAAGUUCCGCCGGCCUUCCUAGAAUUGGGAGCCGAACACUUCACACGAUGGGGGAGCCGAAGGCCGUUGACGGGCGAUGCAUCAGGCCAAAAGAUCGUGUACUACAUCAUGCUGGGAUUUGGAAAUGCAAGGGAUCUCAUAAGCUUUAUGGCCUUGUUAACAUUAGGGCUACUGCUCCUCCCGCUCGUCGCAGCAUCCGCCUGCGUCGGCCUCUCCAUCUUUCGCCUUGUGAUCAUUACGCGGCACAAAUACGAAGGUGGCAGUGACGGCGGCAGCAAUUCCAAUGUGUUGCGUGCACUCAUCUUCUUCUAUGCUUUGGUGCUUGCCCAAGGCGGAUUAUUCCUCGUGUGGCUACGCAUUCUGUCCUAUCGCUUGGAAGCGAGGGAUCGAGUGUGCUCACAGUAUCUGUUUGAAGGCAUGGACAAGAAACAACUGAUUGACAAAUAUAUCAACAGAACCUCAAGUGCAUGCAUCAAAACAGGGGUGUUGAACACCAUCAACAGGAAACUGGUUACCUUUGCAGUAGACUUGCUCCAAUCUGAGUACAGUCAAGACCGUAUCUCUGGAGUCCUACUGCUGCACACGUUGACUUCCAAAGAUGCCCCUAAAGCUCAUAAAGCAAGAGCGCUUGCCCACAUUCAAUCCUCACCAGACUGUAUUUCCAGGAUGCUUGCUCUGCUCAGCUCAAAAAGUGCCAUUGAUGAAGCGAGCAAAGUACGCCUAGCACAGAUUGUCGCACUGCUUGCUAGCGAUUUGAGGCUAAGUGAUAUAGACAGAGCAACCGAGUCCAUAUCAUCCUUGUUGGACCCCUAUUUGGUGAAGAUAUCAACAACAGCUAACAGUGUUAGCAAUGGUCAGCAGAUAACAAUUGAAGUUGGAAAUGGCCAACAGGCAAGAAACCAGUCUCCCAACACACCCGAUGGAGAAAAUAGCAUACCUCUGAUAAUUCAUGGGCUGAUGAUUCUUGCCAAGCUUGCUGGAAAUCCGGACAACUGCUCAAAAAUUUACGAAACCAAGAGUCUCUUCUCCAAGAUCACUGUGCCUGUUAGUAAUAAGAUGUAUAAAGUCUUCAGCCAUGAUGAUACCGCAAUUCAAAUAGCAAAACAUUCACUGCAAGUUCUGAGCAAGCUUGUCAAGGGGGCAGAUGAAAUCAACAGAAAUAUACUCCAGGAGAUUCAUAGAACUGAAUUUGAAGCGAAAAGCAUCCGCCCAAUCUUGCGAGAUGACCAAAGGUACAAUGAGCUAAAGGUUCCAGCAAUAAAGAUACUUACAAAGCAAGCUUUGGCUAAUACCACCAGAGACACCGUUGGAGAUGAAGCCAUGGUUAAUUUCAUCAAUUCCUUGAUAGGAUUAUUCUUUAAUGAUCACAAUGAGAGUCAUCUCAGGAAAACUGCAGGGAAAGCACUGGCAUUGUUGGCAAUAGCUAGUACGUCGUAUUGUGCGACGAUCAUGAAUGGCAGCACAGGGACAGCUGAUUCAGUUGUUCGGAAGCUCUCCGAUAUGCUUGCAGAUAGGAGCAACAAAUCAUAUCGAACAGCCAUAGCGCAACUGUUGAGGCAAUUCUGUAUUGGUUGUUGUGAUGAUCAAAGGGAGCAUCUCGCAUCGGCCAAGACAAUUCUGCACGAGGUGCUCAAAGUUAUAUGCGAUGUUGAUCAAGAAGUUGAAACAAAUCAAUCAGAUUCUCCUCAGCACAACCCAAGCCGAGGCCUAGUUAUCCUGCAGUUUUGCUUGCCGUGCAUAGACACGUCAUCAUUUCCUAGCAGAAGCAACCAGGGCGGACACAACCAGCGACCAGCUACAGCGCUGCAGUAUCUGUUAUCCUGCCUUGGCACUUCAUCGCCAGCAACCAGACACGACCACAGAGAACGCAACCGCAACACUACUCCCCAGGCGCCAGGCUCACGAAAUGAAAGACGUGAAGGGCACAACCAAGGCAUGGUUCAAGGAAUACUAUCAGCAGCACUCCAAGUUAUCAACAGAUUUGUCAAUGUUCCCAUGAUUUAUCAUGCCGAUAGGCACAACAGGAAUAUUCACAGUGACAAUGUUCAAUAUCAUCAGCUGGCUGAUGCACCAAUUGAACCUGGCAGGAGGAAAGCACUGGUAGCCUUCCUAGGCCUUGCCGUGCAGAUGUGUGAAAGACUGAUUGACGCAAGUGAUUUCGAUGCAGCAGUUUUGCAGAUUCCCCUUUCCGAAGCUGAGGUCGUGGAGAAGCUCAAGGAGAUAAUAGAAAUAUGCAUCAAGGAUUCGGUUGGUCCUUCGAUGGGAAAAGGGCCCUCAGUUGAUUACCUAGUGAUGAUUCAGUCAGUAACAAAGUUGUGCACAUGGGUUAUGCGGACCAAGCCAGGCUAUGUCAGAUUCUUCCAGGAGAAGAAUGUUGGCCAUAAACUUAAAGAUGCAGAGGAGACCAUGAGAGGGCUCGAACUGGCUGUGCUUCUGACUUCCAGCAUAGAUGAGAUGACCAAUUACGAGACCCUUUCAUCCAUCGUGGGAGAUGCUAGAACACUCAUCCCAUCCCAACAUCCCAAUAUGCCAAUGUGAGUAAUGAGAAACCGCUGAGUUGUGAGGCUUCAGAUAUGCUACCUCCGUUUUUAAAUAUGUAACGUUUGCGUGGGUGGUGGUUUACUUGUUUGUGUGUGAACAUUUAGCUGAUUGAUUGUAGUCCCCUAGUUGUACCAUGCUUCUGCAAGACACUUGAGUUGGAUUGCGUCUGCUCCCGUUUGCUCUGUGAAAGAACAGUUCAUUGUUAUGAUUUUACUGCUAUCCAU